AUGAAUUUGAAAUUAAACAUGUAUGCCCACAACUUUGCCAGCAAGUCUGGUACCAAUGCCGUCUCGCUUUACCUAGACCGAGCACGGCUCAUAGAUAAGAUACGUGUGACUCUCCGUUCGAGUUCCCAAGACUCGCUUCAUUCUAUCUUGAAUGAUCCUGGUUUGGACUCGUUCGUAGUUGCCAAUGCGCUAAAGUCUGCCCCAUCACCCGCCUCUGCGCUAUCUUUGAUUGAGACUUUAAAGAAAAUACCACAUUUUAGUCAUAACGAAAAGACCCUUUACGCAUUGGCAAAGAUACUUGCAAAGGCAGGUGAAACUAAUAAGUUGAAGGCACUAGUGAAUGGGAUAAAUUCUGGGAAGUUUAAAAAUGUUGGGCGAGUUAGUUUUAUGGAUCAGAUGAAGUUUUAUGCAGCUGCGGGUGAUCUUGAUUCAGUUCUUUCUGUGUGGCAUGAGUGGAAAGUUUCUAAAAAAGGUCCCAAUGUUGAGUCGUAUAAUAUCAUUAUAGGGCUUUGUGUGCGGACGGGAAAAGAUUAUGAAGCGGUCAAGACUUUUUGUAGGAUGGUUGAUGAAGGAGGGAUUCCUAAUUCUAGAACAUACACUGUAAUUAUUGAGCAUCUGGUGAGUUCUGGGAAUUUAGUUUCGGCGAUGGAAAUAUUUAAAUUGAUGCCGUCUAUGAGGGUUAAACAUACGCUAAAGCAGUACUUGGUUCUUGUUGAUGCAUUCUGUGGUAGCGACCAGUUUGAUGUGGCUAAGUGUUUGCUUAGUGAAAUGAAAGUAGAUGGAGUUUUUCCAACCCGAGUGAUGCUCUCGUCUCUGCAACGGAUGCAUGAUUCAGGAUUUGUGGAAGAGACGUGUGAACUGAUUAAAGAAAUGUUGCCUGACCCGAGAAUUGAAAAUGUGAAAUAUUUAUCUGAUGAUGAUGAGGAGGAUGGAGGUGCGGAUGGAGUCAAGUUAAGACCAUGGUUUGACCCUAUCUUAUUGGCUAAUUCUUUGCAUUUUUGGAGGCCUGAAGAGGUAUCAACACUGGAGGAUGCUAAAUUUGUUUGGACAACACGCCUGGUUUCUAAAAUGAUAAGGAGCUUCGGUUCAGCUGAGUCAGCUUGGGAGUUCUUUUGUUGGGUUGGUAAUCGACCAGGAUUCAGUCAUGAUGUUCACACGGUAUCCAAAAUGAUUACCAAGUUAGCUCAUGAAGGACGUGUUAAUCUCGUUGAACAACUCAUAUCCAAGAUAAAAGAUGAAGGUAUUCAGUUGUCAUAUACUACAGUAAAAGUGAUUAUUGAUUACUAUGGAAUUUCAAAGAACGGUGAAGCUGCUCUUAAGGUCUUUCAAACUGUUAAAACCCUUUGUGGUAAAUUGUCCAAACAAUGUCUUUUGUCUUUGUAUACAAGCAUCUUGAAAACCUUGGCCAAGUGUAAAAUGGAUUCAGAGGCCUUAGAAACACUGGACGAAAUGAUUUUAUCUGGACUUUCUCCAGAUAUUCAAACAUAUUCAGGAUUGAUGCGUCAUUUCGCACUUGAUGGGAACAUUAAAAUGGUUCAGAGGCUCUUUGGGGUGGUUAAGCAGAGUGGUCUGGAACCAGAUGCUUUUAUGUUUAAGGUUCUGAUAUCUGCUUAUUGCAACUCGAAUAGAGCUGUUCUGGCUCAUAGAGCAUUUGAAGAUAUGAAAACCUUUAAAGUGAAGCCUGAUAUUUUUACUAAGCGUGUGCUAGUAAAGAGUCUGUGGAAAGAAGGAAAAAUAAGGGAGGCUGCGGCUGUGGAAGAAACACUUGCAGAGACUAAUGAUGUUUUUAUAGGUACCUUUCGUGGUAAUUCAUAUACUACAAGUGCUGCGGAUCUUCAACGAGUUUAUAGAGUUUAUUGCGGUAGUUUUCCAACUAUCAAUGGCAACGAAGAUAUAUGUUAAGUGGGUAGUUCAGCUUUUGAUGCCAUUGAGAUAAAUGGCAAAUGGCCGAAUUUGGAAACUAACGUUUAGUGUUAUUGAUCGUAGUGGAUGACCUUCCAGUUAUUAAGGUAGAGUCUUGCAUAUUAUCUCUUACAAAUUGCUUGCUUCAGAAAGAAAAGAUGGAAAUCUUUGACCCAGCAUUGAGAUAUAUGCAAUUUACUCUAUGGAUCAUGACAGUAACAAACUAAAAAUGAGCCUUUUUAUAGGCUUGAGCAUCCCAUCGUUUCUGAUAUUAAACCAAGCUGUUGAAUUUUAAGUUGUCUUUGAGUACUCAGAUAUAUACUACAUAGACAUUGAAUCCAAUCUUCAAUUGCAACAGCCAACAUGACGCUUGUCCAAUUUUCAGGUGUGACUUUAUCUUCUUCUAUUCAAAUAAAUUCUCUCUUGUUCUUGAACUAUAAAAUGUAUUAUUUCUUUUAGUGCGUCAUGAUUAUAGAAUGAAUAAGUUAGACCUCACUGUGUUGGGUGACUUUAUCAAUACUAACUGAUGUAUAUAUGAACUUCACUUUUUUAAA